CGUGUCGAGGGAUGCUGUGCGGGUUCGGGGCGGUGUGUGAGAGAAGCUCCACCGACCCCUCCCAAGCCUCCUGCGUCUGCAAGAAGACAGCUUGCCCCGUCGUGGUGGCUCCUGUCUGCGGCUCUGAUUACUCCACCUACAGCAACGAGUGUGAGCUGGAGAAGGCCCAGUGCAACCAGCAGAGGCGGAUCAAAGUCAUCAGCAAGGGACCAUGUGGCUCCAAGGACCCCUGCGCAGAGGUGACCUGCAGCUUUGGCAGCACGUGCGUCCCCUCCAGUGACGGCCAGUCAGCCAAGUGUGUCUGCCCGUCGUCCUGCAGCGGCGUGCCCGAGAGCCCCGUGUGCGGCAGUGACGGCAAAGACUACCGCAGCGAGUGCGACCUCAACAAGCACGCCUGCGACAAGCAGGAGAAUGUUUUCAAGAAGUUCGACGGCGCCUGUGACCCGUGUAAAGGCGUCCUUAACGACAUGAAUCGUGUUUGCCGGGUGAACCCCCGCACUCGAAGGGUGGACCUGCUCCCCCGCCCCGAGAACUGUCCCUCAAAGAGGGAACCUGUGUGCGGCGAUGACGGGGUGACUUACGACAACGAGUGCGUGAUGGGGCGCUCGGGGGCCGUCCGAGGACUGGAGAUCCAGAAGGUGCGUUCAGGGCAGUGCCAGCAUCAGGACAAAUGCAAGGACGAGUGCAAGUUCAACGCUGUCUGCCUGAACCGCCGCGGCACCACUCACUGCUCCUGCGACCGCAUCGCCUGCGAUGGUGCCUACCGGCCUGUCUGCGCCCGGGACAGCCGGACCUACAGCAACGACUGUGAGCGCCGGAAGGCUGAGUGCCACGAGAAGGCUGCCAUCCCAGUAAAGCACAGUGGACCCUGUGACCUGGGCACACCCAGCCCGUGCCUGAGCAUGGAGUGCACCUUCGGCGCCACGUGCGUGGUGAAGAACCAGGAGGCUGUGUGCGAGUGCCAGCAGGUGUGCCAGGGCCGCUACGACCCCGUGUGCGGCAGCGACAACCGCACCUACGGCAACCCCUGCGAGCUCGACUCCAUGGCCUGUGUCCUCAAGAAGGAGAUCAAAGUGAAGCACAAGGGGCCCUGCGACCGUUGUGGCAAGUGCCAGUUUGGGGCCAUCUGCGAGGCGGAGACGGGAAGGUGCGUGUGCCCCACGGAGUGCGUUCCCUCCUCUCAGCCCGUGUGCGGCACAGAUGGCAACACGUACGGCAGCGAGUGCGAGCUCCACGUCCGGGCGUGCACGCAGCAGACAAACAUUUUGGUGGCUGCCCAAGGAGACUGCAAGUCCUGCGGCAGCACGGUGUGCUCCUUCGGCAGCAAGUGCGUGGGUGGGCAGUGCGUGUGCCCGCGCUGCGAGAGGCAGCCCUUGGCUCGGGUGUGCGGCAGCGACGGCCUCACCUACGACAACCAGUGUGAGCUGCAGGUGGCCUCCUGCCAGCAGCAGAAGAGCAUCGAGGUUGCCAGGACGGGGCCGUGUGAGGACGAGUGCGGCUCAGGGGGCUCAGGCUCCGGCGAUGGUAGUGAAUGUGAACAGGACCGGUGCCGGCAGUACGGGGGCUGGUGGGACGAGGAUGCAGAAGACGACCGCUGUGUGUGUGACUUCACCUGCGUGGCAGUGCCACGCAACCCGGUGUGUGGCUCUGAUGGUGUGACCUACACCAACGAGUGUGAGCUGAAGAAGACACGGUGUGAAAAACGCCAGGAUCUCUAUGUCACUAGCCAAGGAGCCUGCCGCGCCCUUGCCACAACACCACCACCUCUUCUGGUCGUGCAUUGCAGCCAGACCAUCUACGGAUGCUGCCCAGACAACAUGACCUUGGCGCUUGGAGUGGGUGCAGCUGGAUGCCCAAGCACCUGCCAGUGCAACCCCUACGGCUCCUACGGGGGAACGUGUGACCCCGCGACGGGGCAGUGCUCCUGCAAGCCGGGUGUGGGGGGCCUGAAGUGCGACCGCUGCGAGCCCGGCUUCUGGAACUUCCGCGGCAUCGUCACCGACAGCAAGAGCGGCUGCACGCCCUGUAACUGUGACCCAGUGGGUUCAGUGCGUGAUGACUGUGAGCAGAUGACCGGACUGUGCUCCUGCAAGACUGGUAUCACUGGCAUGAAAUGCAACCAGUGCCCCAACAGCAGCAAGCUGGGCACAACGGGCUGUGAGAAAGACCCGUCAGCCCCAAAAUCCUGUGAGGAAAUGAGCUGCGAGUUUGGGGCCUCAUGCGUGGAAGUCAACGGCUUUGCCCACUGCGAGUGCCCGUCCCCGCUCUGCUCGGAGGCCAACAUGACCAAGGUGUGUGGCUCUGAUGGUGUCACUUAUGGGGACCAGUGCCAGCUGAAGACCAUUGCCUGCCGGCAGGGACAGGUCAUCACAGUGAAGCACGUGGGGCAGUGCCACGAGUCCAUCACUCACACAAGCCACACCUCACCACCCACGCCGCUGCCCACGCUUCCCCUGGACAAGUUAAUCCUUCCUCCGCCACUGCGGCUCACCACCCAGGCUCCAGAACCCACUGAGCUGGCUACCAGCACCCUCCUGUUGGAAACCAGGCCUACUGAAAGAGGUCACCAUACAACAAGGCGCGUCACGACUGCCAGACCAGCCAGUACCCAUGGGGUGUAUAAGACCACCGUCCGCCCUCUUUCCACUGCGCCAGUGGUCCUGGCCACCACCCAGCUUGCUUAUGUUGAAUCAGGCAGUGCAGAAGGCAGUGGAGACCAAGAGAUGGGCAUCAGUGGAGACCAGGAGUCCAGUGGGGCAGGCUCUGCCGGGGAAGAGGAGGUGGAGGAGAGCCAGGUAACUGCCACCCCAGCCAUCGAGAGGGCGACGUGCUACAACACCCCGCUGGGGUGCUGCUCUGAUGGCAAGACUGCAGCUGCUGAUGCAGAAGGCAGCAACUGUCCGGCUACCAAAGUCUUCCAAGGAGUCCUCAUCUUGGAGGAGGUGGAAGGCCAGGAGCUGUUCUACACACCUGAGAUGGCUGACCCCAAGUCAGAGCUCUUUGGGGAGACGGCCAGGAGCAUUGAGAGUGCGCUGGAUGAGCUUUUCCGCAACUCUGACGUUAAGAAGGAUUUCAAGAGCAUCCGUGUCCGAGACUUGGGGCAGAGCAGCGCUGUCCGUGUUAUUGUGGAGUCCCAUUUUGACCCAGGUAAGAGCCUUCCUGGUACGGCAGCUGACGUCCAAGGAGCCCUGCUGAAGCAGAUCAAAGCUUCCAAGAAGACAACCAUCCUGGUGAAGAAGCCCCAGCAGGACCACGUCAAAUUCAUGGACUUUGACUGGAUCCCUAGGCUCUUCACCACCACUGUGACCACAACCACGGCCACCACCAUGGCACCCGCCACCACCCGGAGGUACACCACGGCCGCCGCUGCCACCACGGUCCACGUCCUGCGCCCGGAUGCAGCGGGCCGACCCAGCAGCAAGACGGCAGGAGCUGUGAGCACCAAGAGACCCACCUCCACCCUCCCUGCCACCACCCGGCGGAAGCCCACGCGCCAGCCCCCUGCCACGAAGAAACCCUCGCGGCCCUGCGACUCGCACCCCUGCCUGCACGGCGGCACCUGCGAGGAUGACGGGAAGGAGUUCACCUGCAGCUGCCCGGCCGGCAAAGGGGGAGCCGUCUGCGAGAAACCUAUCAGAUACUUCAUCCCCAGCUUUGGUGGCAAGUCCUACCUGGCCUUCAAGAUGAUGAAGGCGUACCACACCGUGCGCAUCGCCAUGGAGUUCAGGACUGUGGAGCUCAGCGGGCUGCUGCUCUACAACGGGCAGAACCGUGGCAAAGACUUCAUUUCCCUGGCACUGGUUGGUGGCUUCGUGGAGCUCAGGUUUAACACUGGCUCCGGCACGGGCGUCAUCACCAGCAAGGUCCGCGUUGAGCCUGGCAAGUGGCACCAGUUAGUGGUGAACCGCAACCGCCGCAGCGGCGUGCUGUCCGUCGACGGGGAGCCCCACGUCAGCGGGGAGAGCCCGACGGGCACCGACGGGCUCAACCUCGACACGGACCUGUUCAUCGGGGGAGCGCCGGAGGACCAAAUGGCUGCGGUGGCGGAUCGUACUGCGGCUACAACUGGCCUGAAGGGCUGCAUCCGCCUCCUGGACGUGAACAACCAGAUGUACGACCUGCGGGAGAAAGGCAGUGAUGUGCUGUAUGGCAGCGGGGUGGGCGAGUGCGGCAAUGACCCCUGUCCCCCCAACCCCUGCCACCACGGUGGCAUCUGCCACGUCAAGGAGGCAGAGAUGUUCCACUGCGAGUGCCUCUACACCUACACCGGACCAACGUGUGCCGACGAGAGGAAUCCCUGCGACCCUACGCCCUGCCAUGUCUCUGCCACCUGCCUGGUGCUGCCAGAGGGAGGUGCCUUGUGUGCCUGUCCCAUGGGCCGGGAAGGAGACUUCUGCGAGCUAGUGACAGAGCAGGACCACACCAUGCCCUUCCUCCCGGAGUUCAAUGGCUUCUCCUUCCUGGAGCUGAACGGGCUGCAGACCUUCGUUCCUGACCUGGACAAAAUGUCCAUGGAAGUUGUGUUCCUGGCCAAGAACCCCAGCGGCAUGAUCUUCUACAACGGCCAGAAAACAGAUGGCAAAGGGGACUUUGUCUCUCUGGCCUUACACGAUGGCUACCUGGAGUACAGAUACGACCUGGGCAAGGGGGCAGCUGUGCUCAGGAGCAAAGAGCCAGUUCCUCUGAACACCUGGAUAAGUGUCUUGUUGGAGAGGAAUGGGCGCAAAGGGGUGAUGAGGAUCAACAACGGCGAGAGGGUGAUGGGAGAGUCGCCGAAAUCCCGUAAGGUGCCUCACACUUUCCUGAACCUGAAGGAGCCGUUUUAUGUGGGGGGAGCCCCUGAUUUCAGCAAGCUAGCUCGAGCAGCCGCCAUCUCCACCAGCUUCGAUGGAGCUGUGCAGAGGAUCUCCGUCAAGGGGGUGCCUGUGCUGAAGGAGCAGAACAUCCGCAGCGCCAUUGAGAUCUCCCCCUUCCGAGGCCACCCCUGUACCCAGAAGCCGGGUCCUUGCCAGAAUGGAGGCACUUGCAGCCCCCGGCUAGAGAGCUACGAGUGUGCCUGCCAGAGGGGCUUCUCCGGGGCUCACUGCGAGAAAGUGAUCAUUGAGAAAGCUGCUGGAGAUGCAGAGGCCAUUGCUUUUGAUGGUAGGACAUAUAUGGAGUACCACAAUGCCGUGACAAAGAGCCACCUGACCAAUGAGAUCCCCGCUCCCGAAGCGCUGGACUAUCCUGCGGAGCUCAGUGAGAAGGCUUUGCAGUCAAACCACUUUGAACUAAGCAUCAAAACAGAAGCCACUCAGGGGCUGAUCCUGUGGAGUGGGAAGGGGCUGGAGCGAUCGGACUACAUUGCCCUCGCCAUCGUGGAUGGCUUCGUACAAAUGACCUACGACCUCGGUUCCAAGCCAGUCGUCCUACGAUCCACGGUCCCAGUCAACACCAACCAGUGGAUUCAUAUCAAAGCGUACAGGGUACAGAGAGAAGGGUCCCUUCAAGUUGGCAACGAAGCCCCCGUCGCUGGCUCUUCUCCGCUUGGUGCAACACAGCUAGACACAGAUGGGGCCCUGUGGCUGGGGGGAAUGGAGAAGCUGAGCGUGGCUCACAAGCUGCCCAAGGCCUACAGCACUGGUUUUAUUGGCUGCAUACGGGACGUGAUUGUCGACCGCCAAGAACUGCAUCUGGUGGAGGACGCUUUAAACAACCCCAGGAUAUUACACUGCUCAGCCAAAUAGACCCCCAGGGACCCUCCCUUCUCCUUCCCUCCCUCCUGCCUAUUGCUGUAAUUAUUUUCUAUUUUUGUAAACUUAUUGCUUUUUAUAUUUUGGGGGGAGGGGGGAAAGGGAGGGGAGGAAACACCUUUUCUUUUGGGUUAUUUGUUCGGUUGCAGUCUAUCCAGGUCAGUCAGACUCUAAUCAAACAGCAGCAACGAAGAACAAGCCUUGAACCAAGUCUCCAAGAAGUGACAGAAGAACUUCCCCAUUGCACCUGCAUUGUAAAUCUUAUUCAUACUUGAAGCUUCUUUUUGAGUGAUUUUUUUCCCCCUCCUUACUUGUGUUCUCGGGUUGUUGUUCACACCUGUGGGGGAAAGGAUGCUGGUGCUGG